GCGGCAAAAUGUCAUAUUUCACUCGCAGCUCUCUCAGAGGACGACCUCCCCUCUACUGUACACCUCCUGUACAUCUGCUGCGCCUCUAUUGUACUCCACUGCAGGAAUCACUUCUUCUCCUCUUUCUUUGCGUCUUUCUCUCAGUUACCGGAGGUUUUUUGGUUCUUUUUGGAACACAAGCGCAAAGAAAAAGUCACUGGUGAAGUCUUCUGCUGGUGUUAAUGAGUGAGUGGAAACUAAUUCAGAACAUGACUGAGUUUUUGAGUGUUUUUAAUAUAUGAAAAGGAGCUGAACUGAGCUGCGGUUUGAACUGAGGAGAAAAAGACUCAGCAGACCCGAGCCGAGGCUCUCCUCCCGCUCCUGGUUCCCUCCUCUCCACCUUCAGACCUCACUCACACUCACUGUUUUUACUAAAAGCUUCUAAGUGCAGACUGUUUUUCCUUCAUAGAGUGGUACAAUCGUGGGCUCUCUCCAGCCUCACGUCCUUCCUUUCCUUCCGUUCCUCCGUCCAGCAGCAGUGCGGCUGUGCGUAAAAACCCUCCCCCUCAUUUCCGAAACUGAACCUCUCCAGCCCGGGCUGUGACGGCGGGGACCACCGGCACCGACAGCACUUUGUGUCUCCUGUAUGACUUUCUUUAAAGCCAACAGCAAGCCACCAUGGAUGUGCUGAAGAGCCGGUUUUUGGGGAUCUCCGUGGCCGUUGCGCACGGCGUUUUCUCCGGCUCUCUGAACAUCUUGCUGAAGUUCCUCAUCACUAAUUAUCACUUCAAGUUCCUGACGCUCAUCCAGCUCCUGACCAGCAGCACAGCGGCGCUCACGUUGGAGAUCCUGAGGCGGCUUGGGAAGGUCACGGUCCCGCCGUUCAGCCUGCAGCUCACUAAGGAGUUCGGCCCGGUGUGUAUUCUCUCCACGCUGCAGUCCACUCUAACGCUGUGGUCUCUGCGCGGCCUCAGCCUGCCCAUGUAUGUCGUGUUCAAACGCUGCCUGCCGCUCUUCACACUCAGCAUCGGAGUAUGUGUGCUGAGGAACGGUGUGCCGUCCAUCGGUGUGGUGAUUGCUGUGAUCAUCACCACUGGUGGAGCUGCGCUGGCUGGUGCUGGAGAUCUCACUGGUGAUCCCUUUGGUUACGUCACCGGUGUGUUGGCGGUCAUCAUCCACGCCUCCUACCUGGUUGUGAUCCAGAAGGCCAGCCAUGACAGCGAGUACGGGCCGCUCACAGCGCAGUACGCCAUCGCCAUCAUGGCCUCACCGGUGCUUCUCGUGUGCUCCUUCAUCUCCCUGGACACCAUCAACAUGUGGACAUACGAGGGCUGGAAGGACCCCCACAUCACAGUCAUCUUCGUUUUCUGCAUCUUCAUUGGCUGCGCCAUGAACUUCACCACGCUGCACUGCACCUACAUCAACUCUGCUGUCACCACCAGCUUCGUCGGUGUGGUCAAGAGCAUUGCCACCAUCACUGUUGGCAUGCUGGCAUUCAGCGAUGUCGCGCCAACAGGGCUGUUCAUUGGCGGCGUGGUGGUCAACACCAUCGGCUCCAUCACUUAUUGCGUGGUUAAAUACUUUGAGACAAAGAAGAAGAGUUUGUACGAGGACCUGGAGGAGGCUGGGAAGGAUGGAGGGCUACCUGGCGAGCCUUACAGAGAGAAACCAUCUCUGAACGGUGACGGGCCAUCUGCCGGCGAUGGAUCUGACCCAGGACAUCCAGAGGUAGAGGGAGUGUUGAGCAGCGACAGGAAGGAGGAAGUAGUUGGAUUGGCUAACGGAGAGGUGUGGACAGGACAAGGAGAUGGAGAAGCAGGCGCUAAUUCCCGCGUCAUGACGGAAAAGGAGGUGCUGGAGAUGCAGAGAGAGCACCUCCACCAGGAGAACACCACCCCCAGUCAGUCGGUUAGUGACAGCUAUGUCGGGGUGUGGAGGUCCAUCAGACAUCUGCAGUUCAUGAAGAAAGACCCUCUGAUUGAUAACAUGGAGCAGCAGAGUCCAUGAGCGCAGGACAGAGACCUGGACAGACUCUAAAAAAGAAAAUUCGGAAUAAUUAAAAAUUCUUGAACAUGCUGCAGAAGAAAAAAAAAGACAGAAUAAAAACAAAGACCGAGGAAAGCUCUGUGUCCACCGGGAACUUCUUUUAUUAGCAGUGCUGAACAAAUGCUUGUUGGAAACAUGUUUGCUGCUGUUGCUGUGAUACCUCAAUGAAAGCCCACGCUUUUUGUGCUAAAAGUUCAGUUUCAUCAGACGAGGCUUUGAGUGCAGAGAACAGGCUUUUGAUUUUGUUAAAAGCAGUCAACAGAAAGUAAUUUUCUUUGUUUGUUUUGAGAAUAAAAAGAGGUUCCUGGUGGAGGAAAGUGGAUGAAGAGUUUUGGGAGAAGCUGCCUGUUGGAGAUAAAUUCUGCCUCUCGUUUCAGCUCUGUGGCGUGCGGUGGGGACCAAGCUAGCCGCGGCUUGGCAUGAUUUGGUUUGCGUCCCUGCUGAUCAGCCAGCUAUCCAAACAAAGGCAGGUCUUGUAGAAAAAGAGUGCAUCUUGUGCAAACGUCCAAUCAGGGAGCAGCAAACAAAGAGCAGCAGACGCCUGAAAGUUUCUGUUUUGUUCUGUGUGAAACCUGGGUGAAUUCUUGUUUCUGAUUGGCUGGAGGUGUGAAUUAAAACCUGUAAUGCACACGUGGAUCAGAUUGUUAAAGCAUGCGCUGGUCACUAAAUGCUAACUAAUCUGCUGUGUUCACACUAAAGUUGUUUGAGUGUGAAGGUGUUUGUGUCCCUCUAACCCUGCAGGUCCUCUGUCAGUCUGUUGGUUUACCUUUUAUAUCUGUUCACCAUCAUGGAUACAAAACCAUGUCUGCGCCUGUUUUGACGUAUUCAGGGAAAUGGAGUGAAAAAAAUAAUAAUUUGCUGUCAUGUUGAGCUUCAAAAUAAUUUCCCGCUCUGAUAUGACUGAGGUGUUAUAUCUUCUUGUUUCUGUCUUUGUGCUGUGUUCACACCAAACUGAAGCAAAUUUUCACCUCACAUUGCUGGAUUAUUUUGCAAACGGCGAGUAUUUGCCCCCAAGAGCUGUGUUAAUGUUUGUACCAACACAUUCUCACUCCGACAUCGCCACAUAUCAACGUUUUGCCAUGGACUUUCCAGAUAAGAUAAGAUAUGACGUGCAAGACACCCUGCGUGUGUUGGUUGUUGACGUUCUGGGACACCGUGUCAACUUCAGCCUGUUUUACAUGCAUUGUCUGUUUUCAAAAAACACUUCCGUUUUCACAGGAAAUGUACAGUUUGCAUACAGUCUCUUUCAAAAUAAAAGCACUACAUCGGUACAACACCGCAAAUUGGCGUUUUUUUCCCUCAACAACACACGUAUGGUUGGGUUUAGGAAAAAAAAAAAAAAGACCAGAUUGGUUGUGCUCACUAUCUGGGGAAAUCCAGUCUCAGCCCAACCACGUAAAAAGAACAGGGUUUGGCUUUACAACCAUGCAGGAAGUUAACACAGACUCCCAGGUAAAAGUUGGUGGUUGUUGGAUGGCGGUUGUCCGACUGUGUUUUCCCCAGAUGCUAUGUAUGAUGCUGAUGUGAAAGACCAUUUUUUUGUCAGUGUCUGACACCAGAAGUCACUGAACAAGCACCAGUAUUCAAUGACUUUACAGACUUAGGGCUCUAGUUUCCCGGCGCAGCGCAGGGUGGUGAACCCCGCGCAGAGCUAUUUUCGAGCAGCGCAACCCGAGGCGCACUCAGUUUGGUAGUUUGGCAGACCGAGGUGCGCUGAGAUGGGUGUGGCGGCGCAGCAGGGGGAGGUGUCCACAGAUCCAGCUUGGCGCAGUGACAGUUUAGUGCCAAAAGGCUUCGCCGAAGGUGCGCUAAAAGCUCGCCAGCUGAAACCAGGUCUACUGUCAGCGCAGGCGGAGUGCAGCCAGUGUAAGCCGAAGUUUGGCUGACCGGCGGACAGUGCGCACACGUCACCAAAACCUCACAGGCAGGUUUCCAGAAUAUCAGGCACAUUAACAAUGCAAUAAAUAGCCAAAAAAACACUAUUCAAUGCAACUAUCUGCAGUCAGCAUGUAAAUGUAUCUCUAUAUCGACUGUCCCGUCACAUCUGAUGUCAGAUCAAAGGGGAUUGGCACCAUUUGGCACCGUUUGGCACGUUUGGCACACGUAAUGGAAACCCAACCUGAUUUGAUUAACACAGCUGCAAAUUAAUGAGUACACAUCCCUCUCAGCCAACCACAAACAGCCACAGCAUCAGAUAGGGAGUAUAUAUUCAGCAUCUGUCAUCUUAGAAAAGUCAAAAGAAAAGAAACUGAGUGAGACUGCAAGAGAGAAAGACAACGCGCACGCACGAGAGAAACGCAACAUUGAUUUACGAUUGUGGUGACCUCCUCCCAGGCUACCUUUGCAUCAUCAGCCCGUGGAGGUCUGCUCGCAGUUCCGUAUAUUCGGACACUACGAGCUUGGACCUCCUGGACCAAAACAUCAGUUUCCUCCUGGGAGAAUUUUGGCCAUCUGACACUGCUGCUCUGUUCUGCAAUGGCGAAUUGAGUAAACUCUCAUUACGCCUUAGUGCGGCGCAUUUAAGGGCGAGGAGAGGGGCUCAUUUGAUUGGUGAGAUGUGUAAAACCCACU